GAACUAUCUUUGUACAUCUGUUUUAAUAUAACUUGAUCAAUGUUAGUUGUGAUACAGGUUGUUAUAGUUUUGGUGAAUGUCUGACUCCAGUCCGUGUUCCAGUCACCGGAGCUGAUCCAGGCCAGAGUUUACCUCAGACACAGUCUCUGUUGUGCGGCGCAGAAAUGAUCUCCGUGUAGAGGCACACACCAGAAGAUUGUGUUUGAAAGAGUUACUGUACAUAUUAUGUGUUAUAAUGAGAACUAGCACGGAAGCAUGAAUGUCAGUGUGAAAAGCCUCCGGUCUCUGCGAUGUCUGUGGAGGGGAUGGAGGGGUCUCUCCUCUCAGGGAGGCGCUAUAAACGUGUUUGACAGGAGCAUGAAGCGAAGUCAGAAGCAAUGGGCUUCAUCUUUACUAGACAGCGACAAAUACGAUUACCUCCGAGACGAGGUGGGGAGCAGAUUAGCAGACAGAGUUUACGACGUCUCAAGGACGUUCCCUCUGGCUCUGGAUGUAGGAUGUGGGAAGAGUCACAUCGCAGAGCAUUUGAAUAAGGACAUUGUUGAACGUCUCUUUUUAACAGACAUUUCAGACUCUUCCCUGAGAAAUAGGAAGAAAUGUGAGAUGCCUACUCAUUGUGUUUUGGCAGAUGAGGAGUUCCUGCCAUUUAAAGAAAACAUGUUUGACCUAGUGCUCAGCAGCCUGAGUUUGCACUGGAUCAACGACCUUCCUGGAGCUUUUAGACAGAUCCACCAGGUGUUGAAGCCGGAUGGCGUGUUCAUCGGAGCAAUGGUCGGCGGCGAGACGCUGUACGAGCUGCGAUGCUCUCUGCAGUUGGCCGAGCUGGAGAGAGAGGGCGGCUUUGCACCUCAUAUCUCACCCUACACGGCCGUCACAGAUCUGGGCAACCUGCUGGGACAGGCCGGCUUCAACAUGCUCACUGUGGACAUCGAUGAAGUCCAGGUCCAUUAUCCUGGUAUGCUGGAGGUCAUGAGUGACUUACAAGGUAUGGGUGAAAGCAACUGUGCGUGGAACAGGAAGUCACUUCUACACAGAGACACUAUACUGGCGGCAGCCGCCAUUUAUAAAGAGAUGUAUGGCAAUGAAGACGGUUCAGUUCCAGCUACAUUUCAGAUCCUCUACAUGAUUGGCUGGAAGCCUCAUGAGUCUCAGGCGAAACCUGCUAAAAGGGGUUCGGCGAAUGUCUCGUUUGCUGAUCUGUCAAAAAUAGGCACACUUCAGACCCACCAUCAGAAAACCAAUGAAAAAUCCUAGGACAGGAAGAAUCCUCAGAUCAACUCUGGAUCAUCUGCUUUACUUGCAUGAACAUGAAUACACACGAAUGUUGCUUCAACAAAGCGUCUUUGACAAUGUACUCCAACAUAAAUAAACAAUGAUAAUAAUA